GACUGUCUAAUAUACUUAUUAUACAAUCAUUUAAUAUGUUGAAUCAAUUGAAGAUAAUCACCGCUCUAAUAUUGCUAAAUAAAUUAAUGCAAACACCCAACAGAAGGGAUGAAAUUUAUAGAUUAACAUUAAUUAGAGGUAAAUUAACAAAUUUUAAUCAGAUUGAAACUAGUGACUAACAAUUACUUAUAUACCUGUGUGAUUUGAUUUUCAAAGAAUUGAUAUUGAUUGGGAAUUAUUGGGUUGCAAGUUUGGAAGAUGAAUUUAAAGAAGGAAUUACAGAAGAUUAGCUAUUUUGAU